GCCUGGGCAAACUGAGGGCUCAGUUGCUUCAGGCAGCCAUGCUAUUCAGAUCAUGGAGAAUAUCCUCUGUUUUCUGAACAGUUACACUGAGUCAGGGCUCGGCCCUGGCUUGGCACAUUGCUUGGAUAUUGACCCCACCUUCCUCUGCUUGAGUGGGUUGGGGUUGUUUAUGCUGUCCUUGUUCUACCUGCUAUGGACUCUCUAUUUGUCAUGCGCUGGGAAAAACAAUGACAUCCCAAUGCAUCAGGGCAGAGCCAGGAGGAGAAAGAAAGGCGGGACAUUUAAAGACUGGACAACCUUCCAGAAAGAAGCAGAAGAGGAAAGGAAGCUGGUUUCUAUUCUGAAAAGCUUUGGGCCUUCUGCUUUCUGCAGUCCCCUGGGCCAGCAUCAUGAAACCACCGGCAUUCGUCGACUGUUAUGCCCAGACCCCCUCUGUGUGGUGUGUAACAGAAUAGCUGCUGAGGCCGAGCGACGGAUGUAUUGGGAGUCCCUGAAAGAUGCUGCUCCCUCUGUGUCCCCUUCGGCUUCUGCAGCUUCUGAGACUGAGUCAUCAUUAACUCUGGCUUCUGCCUCCUCAGCCACCCCUCCAGAAGACUUAAUAGUGUCCCCUUGCCCUGACCCUUCUCCAUCACCCCCCUUAAUUCUCUCACCUGACCUGAUCACCCCUUUAGCUGACUUAUUUUCACCCUCACCACUGAGGGACCCUCUGCCACCAAAGCCUGUUUCUCCCCUGGAUUCCAAGUUCCCUAUAGACCAUUCCACACACCAGCAGCUUCCCUUUCCCCUUCUCCCACCACAUCACAUUCAGAGAGCAGAGCCCAAUCUCCAUCCUGAGGCCAGUUUGUCUCUGAACACCAUCUUUUCAUUUGACUCUACUCUAUCCCAAGAUACGAACUCUUUGCCAAAUAUUUCCCAGGCCAUGAAUCCCUGUGAUUCAUGUACUUUUCAUUACAAACCACCAAACUCUUCUGCUUUACGAAUGCAAGAUUGCACUGUGACUGAGUAUGAAGCAAAUCUCACCAUACUGAAGCCUCUGGAAAAAGAGAUGUUAUCUAUAGGUGGCUCUGGUAGGUCAACCACCUCUGCCCCUACAAUCGGAGACAUUGACCAUUCAUGCCCUGCAUCUGCAGAAUUCUCCUGGUGGCAGCCUCAUCCCAAGGAUGCCUUUUCUUCCAAUUCUGUACCAUCUGAUUUCCUGCAAGAGCUCCUUAGCCUUCAUUCUUCUGAGGCCUCUUUAGGGGGGUACUCUGUGGCUGACCUCAUAAUGCCUGUUAAGCUCUCUUUUCUCAGCCAUGACAUUGUGGCACAGCUGGAGAGACAAGUCAAAAAAAGGAUUGAUUUUCUGCUGCAUAAAGAAAAUGGAAAGAAACCAGGAACUUUCCCAAAACAUCUUAGGCCAAACUACCAACUAAAUUCUUCAGGGAAAAUGUUAGCUUCAAUUGCUGAUAAGCAUGGCUUGGCAACCUCCCUUCCUUUUGGGGCCAGUAACAGGAAAGUAGAGCGGCUGCACAUCCAUCAGCAGCCCCCAAAUUCUACGUGCUUUGAGGACCAUUUAGAGCAAAAACAUCUUCAGCUCUUCCAGGGUCUCCCAUCUCUGCAUAGCGAGUCUCAGAAUCCUACUGUUCCCCAACGUGGCCGUUCCUCCACGUUUGCAUUCUUCAAUGAAACUGCGAGUAUGUCUACAUUCCAGGAAUCCCCAGUACUUCCCCAUCCCGAACCUCCGUCCUUGCCUAUUACCCAGCCUCUCCCCUUGCCUCAAACCCUGCCCCAAGGUCAGUCCCCGGCUCAACAUCCAUCUCUACUCACAGCCCAACUACCUAGUCCUCUAUUCCAGAUUGGGAACUGUGGAGUGUGUUUUCAUAAAUCUCAGAAUGAGGCACCGUCUCUUACGCCAUCUGAAAUUAACCAUCUGGAGUGGAACGUGUUGCAGAAAAAUCAGGAAAGUGUGUGGGGUUUACCCUCUGUGGUUCAAAAAUCCCAGGAAGACAUUUGUUCUCCAGCUCCCAGUCCUUCAUUGGUCAAGUCCUUUAAGGCUUGUUGCCCCAUCUCCAUCAUUCCUGGAGAUUUUCCAUUCAGUGCUGAGCUUAGGAAGAAACUAGAGCACCACCUUCGAAAGAGGCUCAUCCAGCACAGAUGGGGUCUGCCCCGCCGAGUCCAUGAGUCUCUGUCACUGCUACGUCCUCAGAGCCCAACUUUAGAGAUAUCUGAGUCAGAAAACAGUGAGGGACCCUUACAUAGCUCGUUGGUUGAGGGUCAGAGCCACAAUGAUCUCAAGAAUUUUAAAUCAAGGAAACCUAGAAGCUUCCACAAGAGAAGCUCAAAUAUGCUUUCCCUGGAGAAUGUGAGGAAGUUUCAGGAAUACAGCCAGGAGAAUGGCCCAAAAGAUCAUCUGUUGCAUGAACCAGAGACAUCUUCAGAAGAGGAUCUGCGUGCUAAUUCCGAGAGCGACCUAGAAGGUCCUAUGAUGCAUCUGCCAGGGAAUGAUUCAGGGGUGAACCUAGGUCAGAAACAACUUGCGAAUGCCCUGUCAAUACAUUUGAGCAAGAAAUUUGAGGAAAUCAAUAAGGGUCGAGUGCCUAUGAGUGUGCAUAGCUCAGGGCAUUCAAUCAAGCAGACAAUGUCUCUUCCUGAGAAAUCCCAUAGCCAAAUAAAACAUCAAAAUUUGUCAGCAUCGGUGGGUAAGGACCAAUGCGUUGAUACUUCCCAGGAGAUGUCCUUCCUUGGUUCCAACAAGCAAAAGAGGUUGGAAGCCCAUAUUCAGUCUUUCCAUACAAGGAUGCUGUGGGGCCUUCCCAGCAAGGUCCUUGAAUCCAUAGAAAUCUGUGAAUCGAAAGAGGACCUUUCCAGCUCCUUUUCCCAACUUGACCUACUCUCCUCAGCCACAUUCAUUUCUCAGAGAGAUUCCAAAGAUGAGGUCUGCAAGUCUCUUAGAUUCAGUACUUUUCAAGGAGAAAAGUUGGAAACACGCUCAGUACUUGUCCUGGAUUGUCCUGACCCUGUCACCUCACCUGUAGGCAAAGAAAGACAGGGGACCCUGAGAAGACAGUUUUCUUAUACUGACCAUGACCUUACAGAGAUGGAUUCCAAUGAUGGGGCCUCCAAGCUCCUUGGAAGAAACACUACAGAUUUUCAAGGAGAAAAAAUAGGAACAACAAGCUUAUUUUCCAUCCUGAAUCAUCCACACCUCAUCACCUCACCUGUUGACAAAGAAAAGCAUGGGGCCCGGAGAAGAGAAUUCUCUGAUCCUGAUCAUGAGCUUAAAGAAAGUAUCCAGACAACUGAUGAUGGCAGACAGAGUUUUCUGCCCCACACACACAGCAUCAUAGACGAAGUCAGUCAGAAACAGACUGUAUUGGCUGGUAGAAGCAACCCGGAGCAGCCCAUAAUGCAACCUGGGGUUGGCAAUGAGUCAAUGAAUAAAAAAGCGAGAUUCAGUAAUAACAUGGAAAGGGUUCAGGGCAGUAGAAAGACCUGUCCUGUCACCAGUGGAUCUAGGAAGAUGUUCAAGGAAGAGAAGCUUAAACAUCAGGUGCUGAGUGAGUUAAAGCUGGCCCAGGGGGAGCAUAGCCAAGCUGAAACCCAUUUCACUGCCAUGUCCCUUGUCUUAGAUAACUUGAGUUCCAAGGGCUUACUGACUCAUGCCCAGAGCAUCUCCAGUGGGAACACAGCAACUUCCCAGGUGCUGAAUGUCCACGUGGAGGACAGAGGGAUCCGUGUGAAACAACAGCAGGAGCCCUCGGUCCCUAAGCAUAUCUUACAGAAUUGCCAAGUUAAGAAUUUCCCACCAGCUACAAAGAGAGUGAGCACCCCCAGAGUCAAAGGAGGAGAGCUUGGUGGAGGGAAUGCAGGGUUGGGGACAUCCCAACCCAGGAGAAAGAGCCAUCCUGUUCAGAAGAAGACAUCAGGGGAGGUGCUUGGGAGAAAAUCUUCCCCACCCUUGAUAACACAGCCUCCUCCUGAAAACCUUUUCAGAAAAUGGAUGGAGACUUUUUCUCAGAGGUUUAAGAAACUAAGCACAACAUGUGAGGAACGAGAAAGUUCCCAGGAAAAGCGUAGCUCCCUGUCAUCAUCUGUGCAGAACAGAGGUCAGAUUAAGAAUAGAGCUGCCUUUACGGGGACUCCUGAAGCUGAGAAAUUUAACACUGACAUUGUAAAUUUCCUAAAGGAGAAGCUAGGGCAUAGGCAUGGGAUAGAUAUCACCUGUCCCCAAGAGCCCCUUUUCCCGGUGAAGCUUACAAAAGCUCAGCACAAGCCAGUAUUGCAGGGCUAUCCCUGCAACUACACGGCUCCCUCCUGCAAAGUGACACAUAGCAAAGCUUGCAGCCAACCAGCUAUCCUAGUUGGCCAGAAUUAUCCGACAAGGAUUAGACAGAUCACAGACAAGAACAGACAGCCCCAGAAAGUUGAGGCAUUUAAGAGCACUAUAUUGUGUCAAAGGCAUUCCUAAUCCAUGCCCCACAGGAAGCCUGUUCCCCAGCCAAACCCCACUUGCCAGUGUCAGCUUGACCCAGUGCCUCCAGCCAUCCCAACCAGUGCUAAAACCACUAUGUUCAGUGAUUUGUCAUUAUUAAUUACACCAAUUCUUCUGAAGCAUUUCCAGGGAGGAAAAUUCCCCCCCCAAUAAAAUAAUUCACUCCCUGUGGAGAAUACUGGUUCUCCCCAAUAAAUGUUCUAAUAAGAAUGAUGUCUUUUCUGUGUGUUGUGUUGCGGGGUAUAGAUUUUGGAUAACCCAAGCUUGUGUUUAGUGAAAGGUAGGAGUUAGUUCAGCUCUUACUGACUGCUUCCUUUAACUUCUAAAAGGUGACCAAUCCCCUGGAGCUCUUGCGGAGGAAUGAGUAUCAUGUGUCUCCAAAAGCCCCUUCUCUCCCUGAUGAAGUCUGAGGAGAUGGGCGUUUUUCUGCCUCUUUGCUUGAGACUUACUGAUAUGGUAUGGCAGCCUGCACCUUUAGAGCAGUGAGGAAGACAGGCCUUCCGUAUGUGAAGAGAGGGUUAAGGACAGGUAUAUUUUUCAGAAAUAAUUGUUUAGUCACUAUUUAAAAAAAGUUUUCAGUGACCAGAGGAUCAUGUAAGUUGGUGGAGUGUUGAGGGUAUUGCUGGUUGGGGUAGGGUGUCAGGAACACCAUGGGUACUGCUUAAGAAUCCGAGAAACAGAGCAUGCUUAUACUUUAGGGAAGCAUCUUUUGACCUCAGUGUUGAGGCUUUUCUACCAAAAAGUCACUUUGGGGAAGUAGUUCCCUCCUUGGGUAUUUCUCCAUGCUGCCUGCAUUGAUGACUUUUUUUUUUUGAGGCAGAGCCUCAUUCUGUCGCCCAAACUGUAGUGCAGUGGUGUGAUCUCAGCUCACUGCAAUCUCCACCUUCCAGGAUCAAGUGAUUCUCCUGCCUCAGCCUCCUGAGUAGCUGGAAUAACAGGUACGCCCCUAUAAUUCCACGCCUGGCUAAUUUUUGUAUAUUUAGUAGAGUCAGAGUUUCACCAUGUUGCCCAGGCUGCUCUUCAACCGCUGAUCUCAAAUGAUACUCUUGCCUCGGCCUCCAAAAGUGCUGGGAUUACAGUUGUGAGCCACUGUGCCCGGCUGAUUGAUGACAUUUUUACAGAGCAAAACGAUCCUUUAUCUGUCUGUGGCAGCAAUGUUGACCAGGCAACCACCUAUCUCAUAGGGUAAAAUUAAGCUGAGAAUAAAGAAAAAAGUACCUUAGAAUGAAUGAGAAAGUAAGAAAAAAAUGAAGAUAGGAAAGGAUGACCCUGCUGGUGGAAAAAGGUUUGUGCCCCAUCAUGUCCAUAUCAUGACCCUUUCUCAAUCUGGAUCUAGGCACCACCCCCUUGAGGUUUACCAGGGCACUGCAGAGAUUAGAGAUGCCGUUUUGCCAGCAGUGUACAUGGUUCUAUUUUUCAAUGACGGUAAUAGUAUAUGCAGGACUGUUUCCAAGCAUGACCUCCAUCUCUUUAGAGAAGAUGAUCUUUAUGCCUUCUCUCCAGCCAUGUUGAUGGCAACAUACAAGAUCUUCCCUUAGUGUAUACGGUGCACUUAUCAGGAUGGAGGUGUCGCCUAUAAUUUUCAUGGACUUAGUGGAAUAUAAUUGAUAUUGUCUAGAACACCCACAGCUCAUGAUCCAGAGGUGAGUCCUGGACUAUGCGUGAGCAUUACAGAUAUUUGGGGGCUCACUAUGGAGCAUUACAAAAUGCUCCUUAUGGCCAAGAGUGCGCACAUACCCACCCUUAAAAUAUUAGGGGUCUGAAGAGAAGGCAACUCCACUUACAUAGACUGGAACUAACAAAUGAGGUGAGUUUCUUUCUUUUUUUUUUUUUUUUCUUGAGACGAAGUUUUACUCUUAUUGCAUACACUGGAGUGCAAUAGCACAAUCUCAGCUAACAAACCCAGCCUUCUGGGUUCAAGCAAUUUUCCUGACUCAAUCUCCCAAGUAGCUGAGAUUACAGGUGCCCACCAGCACAUCUGGCUAAUUUUUGUAUAUUUAGUAAAGACAGGUUUUCACCAUGUUGACCAGACUGGUCUCGAACUCCCAUCCUCAGGUGAUCCACCCACCUCAGCCUACCAAAGUGCUGGGAUUACGAGUGUGAGCCACUGUGGCUGGUCAUCAUUUGUUUUUAUAAAGCAUAAAAGGCAGGUGUUUAUGUCUAAAAUGAUGCUCUAUUACUUCAAUUAUAAAAAAAAAUCAAUGCUUUGAAAUCUACCCAAUGAAAUUAAAAAGCAAAUACAUUAGCUCUUCAUUAUUUUCAGGAUAUACAGUCCAAGACUGCUAGUGGAUGCCUGAAACCACGGAUAGUACCAAACCCUACCCAUACUGUGUCUUUCUCUAUACAUAUAUACCUAUGAUAAAGUUUUAUUUAUAAAUCAGGCACAGUAAGAGAUUAACAAUAACCAAUAAAAUAGAACAAUAUAACAAUAUACUAUAAUAAAAUUUAUAUGAAAGGAAUAUAUUUCUCUCAAAAUAUUAUACUGCACUUACCCUUCCUCUUGUGAUGCUAUGACAUGAUAAAAUGUCUACAUGAUGAAAUGAAGUGAGGUGAGUGACCUCAUUGUGACCUAUCAUUAGGCUACUAUUGAAAACUUAUGAAUUGCUUGUUUCUGGAAUUUUCCAUUUGAUAAUUUCAGGCUAAAGUUGACUAUGAAUACCUGAAACAAUAGAAAGCAAAACCAUAUAUAAAUCGGGGAAUCCACUGUACUCUGAAAGGAGUGAUUUUUUUUAAGUCUGUUCCCAAAAUUUCUGAUAAAGAUAUGCACCAAGCAUAUAUAUUGAAUAAUGCUUCCUAGUAUAUGUGUAUCUUUAACUUUACUAAAUAAUACCAAAUUGUUUUCAAAAGGGGUUGUACAUGUUUAUUCUUUGUAUGUUAUUGUUUGUUUUGUUGUUUUUGUUUUUGUCAUUGGGUGAAUGGUUGUUUUUGUAUUUCAAUGACAAAAUAAAAAAGUAGUAUAUGGCUUAAAAAUCCUCUUAAAAAUAAUUUUAGAGGUUUUCAUUCAUGUCAUGGUUGCUCAGUUUUUAAAUAAUCUUGCUAAUCAUGAUGGUGUCGUAUGCUUGUUAGCUAAUAUACUGAUGCAUAAUAAUCCUCAAAUUAAGAUUUAUCAUUGAGAACUGAUUUGGUCAUGAUAUAACAUCAUAUAUAAAUAUGCUAAAAUUUUGUUUAGAAUACUUGCAUCUAUGUUCAUGAGGGCUUACCUCAGGAAUGCAAGACUGGCUUGCCAUUCAAAAUCAAUUAAUGUAAGACAUAUGGUAAGAUAGCAUCGAUUUUCGUAUCUCAGAUACAAAAAUCCACUCUGAGCAGAGAGAACCCUGUGAAUUUCCUUCCAAAUAGUAACUUGUAGGAAAUGCCCAGCACGGUGAAGAAGCCCCCAAUAUUAUAGUAUCUAUACUAAGGAGUACUUUAUUCCACAUAGUUAUGACCCUAAAAAGAUAAACUGGACUCACUUUUGGUUCUGAAACCAACUCUGGUAGCUCAAGAAAAGAGAGUAUCUUUUAGCCUAAUGGUUACCAUAUUAUGAACUCAAGCAGAUGAAAUGUAACUAUAGUAAUUAUGUGACCAAAAAUAAGUUUAAGGAGAGAACAAAAAUGAGGAUUAGACCCACUUUGCUAUCUGCUUUAGAAGUCAGUAUUUUAUUUUUGAAAGAAAUAUUUAACAAACCAAAGAUAUUUGUUUGAAGAUUUAGUAAUGGUUAAGGCAUGAUAGUUAUUUAAACUCAACAAGUUUUCACUUGUCUUAUUGUUUUAUCAAGUGCGUUUAUGUAGUGCCAGGAAUAUUCAAACAGAAUUUAAAAUUGGGACCACCAAAUUAUAUCCAUUAUUACCAAUUCUAGAAACUCCUAAAGCUUAUGGGUGACAGACUGUCAGAAAGUUCUCUUUACCAAAUAAAGGACAACCUAAUCUCCGUUAUGAACUGUCAUUAGUAAUUUAGCAAAGCUAGAAGGCAGUUCAGCCAAGUAGACAGAAAAUUAAAACAUGGGCAGCUCCUGAUUGAAAAUUUAUUCAUAGCAGGUAAUGAAACAGCACAGUCAGGAUCUCUGGCAUUACUCAGAGUGAGAGAUUUAAUUCUGAUAAUUUUGAUGAUGGCACUUGAAUCAGAGAUUAUAAAUGUUGACAGGUUGUGACAUAUAGAUAAGAUAAAAUGAGCAUCAGCAACAUGGCUGUACAGAAGCAAUUCUAUAACAGUUUUUUCACAUAGUAAAUACAAUAAUUUCAAAAAUUAUGACAAAAGUUUUCAAAGAAGAGGCCUAGGCCUUAAGCAAGCCAUGUGCCAUAUUUAUAUCUAUUUGUCAAUGGGUUAUAAAAUUAAUCAGCCUAAUAAAGGCAAGAGGUGGAAAAAUUAAUAUUUAAAAUAUGAAACAUAAAUUGGAGUUUCUGAUUUCAUCUGGAUGAGGAACAAACUCAAAAUUACAGGCAGAGUAGCUAUUACAUGAAGAGGGUGAAAGUAAAGGAUUGGGUUAUAUAUUUAUAUGCAUGUAAGGAAUAUUCAUUAAAUGCUUUCACAUAUAGCUAAAUACAACUAUGCUGCUCACAUUUUUUAAAUACAUUUUUUUAUUUUGGACUUUGUGUACCUUUUUAUAUUUUCUAAUUAUUUACAAUAGCAUUAUUUGAAAGGAGUAUUUUUUUAAUUACCUAUUUCAGAUAUAACUCUCUGAUAUUUCUCAUAACAGAAAUACGACUGAGUAAAUAAUAUUUCCACAUGGACAGGUAUUUCAAUACAUCUCUUUUGAAAUUGUAAAGUAGGAUAUGUUGUAUGUGGUUAAAAUUCUUUAAUGCCCCUUCAAAGUGAGGGGUCUUACGGAAUUUUAAGGCUAUGUGCAAAAAUUAUCCUAUCUAACAAGUUUUAUUAAACUAACAAGUUGUCAUGUUUCUUUGAAACUGUGAUUGACUAGUAGUUUUCUACAGAAAUGGCACUCUGCCAUGUUCUAAACCCAGACCACAUAAAAUGGCAGCCUGCAUAUCCUGUCUUUUGGGACUAUCACUCUUGUGAGAAAGCCCACGCCGUCUGUGGAGUGGGGUAUGAGGAGGGCUUGCUGAAGUCCUCAAACUCACAACCAAGGCUGAGCUCCUAGCUGACAGCCUGUACCAACUGCAGGCCAUGUGAGUCAACCAUCCUGAAAGCAGAUGCUCUGUCCCCUGUAUAAGCCACCUCAGCUGACACGAGAUAGAUAAAGAAGAGCGGUCCACACUGAUGUAUACCCAAAUUGUGAGUUUAGGAACAAAAUAAAUAUUGCUGUUAAGUCACUAAAUUUUUGGCUUGUUUAUUAAGCAGAAAUAAAUAACCAAAAGAGCCAAGUAGGACUUUGAUCAUGAAUGCUAACAAGUGUUUGUUUAAAUGUAUUUAUACACUGGCUUUGGAGGAUUUUAUCUAUAUUGUUUAAUAAUGUCAUAACUAAUUGACUGUUUAAUAAUGUCACAAUAUUGACUGUCAACUUGAUUGAAGGAUGCAAAGUAUUGUUCCUGGGUGUGUCUGUGAGGGUGCUGCCAAAGCAGAAAAACAUUUAAGUCAGUGGGCUGGGAAAAGCAGACCCCCCUUGAUCUGGGUGAGCACAAUCUCUAAUCAGCUGCCAGCACAGCCAGAAAAAAAGCAGGCAGGGGAACCUGGAAAAACUAGAUUGGCAUAGUCUUCCAGCCUCUGUCUUUCUCUCGUGCUGGGUGCUUCCUGUCCUUGAACAUAAAUGCCACGUUCUUCAGCUUUUGGACUUGGGCUUUUCACCACACACUGAAGGCUGCACUAUGGUCUUCCCUACUUUUGAGGUUUUGGGACUUGGACUGGUUUCCUGGCUCUUCAGCUUACAAAUGGCCUGUUGCAGGAACUGACCUUGUGAUCAUAUGACUCAGUUCUAUAAUAAUCCCCUUCAUAUAAAUAUCUAUCCUAUUAGUUCUGUCUCUCUAGAGAACCCUGACUAACACACUAAUAGUAUAAACCUAUAUAGUUAAUACUAAUUCUAUAAAAUUGGCAAAUCUAGAUAUUGGUCAGAUAAAAUGACACAGAAUAAUGCAAAUGCAAUUUAAUAAAACUAUAUUUACAGAGGACUAAGCCUAUAUGACAGCAAAAAUAAAAUAAAAUAAAAUGGUCACAAUUAAAAAAAUUAAGCUAAAACCAUACGAUGCUUCAUUUACCAAAAGUGUGCCCAUAAGAAAGAUUAAUAGUUAAUUCAGUAAGAAACCAAGUAUGAAAUAAUGUUAAGUUUGUCGCAAUUUCUGUAUUAGAAAUGUUUUUGAAAACAAGUAUAAUCCCUUUUGUUUAGAAAAUUGGCUAAGUUUAAAUGCACUUUGAGAGUUCAUGGUACAGCAAAUCACACUAGGAUAAACAUGUUAAUAAAAUAAAAAUGUUUUACAACAUAAAAAUUCAUCCACCUAAUGUAUUUCUUUUUAAGGUAAGUUCUACAUAAAACGUUUUAAAACAUAAAAAACUAGCCAUUUAACAAAUACAUUUCUUUCGUAAGGCACAGUUCUAUAGAAUGAAUCCUCAUUCAUCCAUAUAUGAACCGGGUGCUCAAUUAAUUGAAUUUCUUGUGAAUAUUCUACUUCUAUAAGAUUUACUCAAUUAUUUAAUUAGCAGAGUUUUGUAACUGCAGUGUUUUGCCAAUAAAAGGGCAAAAACCACAAUUACUUUUGCACCAACCUAAUAUAUCACAGAAUUAAUGCAGAUUUAGUCUUUCUAAUCUGCUAUCAAUAUGUGGCAUAAAAAUACAUGUUCAAAAGUUCACAUAAAUACAAAAUACCUUCAUGAACAAAAUUAUUUUAGCCCCCAAACUCUGCCUACUUCUAUAAUAAAAAGACUGGGAAUAAGAAUGAUUAAUCAGUUUGUACCGGAGCAAGCCUAGCCAGGAAUCAUGCUACCAUCUUGUUUCUUUUCUCACCUAUUACACUGUCUCAUCUGGCAAGAGUGAUUCCUGAAUGGCUCUGAAAUAUGAAAUAAUGUAUGAUAUUCAGAAAUACUGUACACAUUUCCUUCAUAUAUAAAUAACCUAAUUUAUGUUGAAAAAUGAGACUUCUAGCAAGCAGGAUAGCUCACGCCUAUAAUCCUAGCACUUUAGGAGGCCAAGUCGGGCAGAUCACAAGGACAUCAAUACCAUCCUAACUAACAAGGUGAAACCAUGUCUCUACUAAAAACACAAAAAAUUAGCCAGGCGAGGUGGUGUGUACCUAUAGUCCAAGCUACUUGGGAGGCUGAGACAGGAGAAUUGCAUGAAUCUUUGGAAGCAGAGGUUGCAGUGAGCCAAGAUAGCAUCACUGCACUCCAGCCUAGGAAACAGAGUGAGACUCUGUCUUAAAAAAAAUAAAAAGAAAGAAAAAUGAGACUCUUCUUCAUUUUAUAAAACUAUUUGCUGAGACAUUUUUCUAUAGUGCCUAUUUU